GUCCCAAGAUGGCGGCGGCUGUAGCGCCCGGGAGGCCGAGGGAGUGUCCGGGCUGUUGAGGUGACUCCGCGGGGCAAGCGACGGGUCGGCCGGACCGAAGGGCGGCGGUGGAAGCACGGCCGCCCGGCGUGCAGAGCCCGGGCUGGGCGGUGCCACCGGUAGCGGCGCCGGGGGAUGCUGGUGCUGGGCCGGGCCUGUCCCUCAACUUAGGGCGGCGGCAGGCCCGCACCCCUGGUCCCCGGACCAUGGCGCUGAGGGAACUCAAAGUGUGUCUGCUGGGGGAUACUGGUGUGGGUAAAUCAAGCAUUGUAUGGCGAUUCGUGGAAGACAGUUUUGAUCCGAAUAUCAAUCCCACCAUAGGGGCAUCUUUUAUGACCAAGACUGUCCAGUACCAAAAUGAGCUACAUAAAUUCCUAAUCUGGGAUACAGCUGGACAAGAACGAUUUCGUGCGUUGGCACCGAUGUACUAUCGAGGGUCAGCAGCAGCCAUCAUCGUUUAUGACAUCACAAAAGAAGAGACGUUUUCAACGCUGAAGAACUGGGUGAGAGAGCUCCGCCAGCAUGGCCCUCCUAGCAUUGUUGUUGCCAUUGCUGGGAACAAAUGUGAUCUUACCGAUGUCAGAGAAGUCAUGGAGAGAGAUGCUAAGGACUACGCUGAUUCCAUUCAUGCCAUCUUUGUAGAGACCAGCGCAAAAAAUGCAAUAAACAUAAAUGAACUCUUUAUAGAAAUUAUGCAGGCCGAAGAAUUCCGUCCACAGAUGCCAACCUGCCGUCUGGCGGCAAGGGCUUCAAACUCCGAAGACAGCCAUCGGAGCCAAAGCGAAGCUGUUGCUGACGACCCGGGGCCCCACACUAAUGAAGAAGCAGGUGGUACUGGAUGUUACAGGAGGGCCGGUCCCUGCCAUUGGCAGCCGCCUCGUGCCCUGGAGUCUUCUUCAUGCAAAAAGGACUCAGAGGAACUGGCUGUUGGGUACUCUUGGAAGACUGCAGCUCGUGUUUCCAACUGCAGACUUGUGUCGCGGACUCUGAUGUGCAAAGGGACCACAUCCUUGGCUGCUGACUAGCUGAAAGGAGCAUCUGAUGUAUGGAUGGUAGGACUGAAUUGCAGGUACUUUUGUAAUCAGGAUGUCGUGUAUCAUUUGUAAAGGGAAACGAGCACUUUUGUGGAUCUUAAGGGAAAACGCUGUGGAGAUGGUCAUCUCCUUGGUCCUUGUCACUGGUGUCAGAGUCGCAUCAUUUAAGAUGUGGAAAAUGAUCACAAGUGGAGGGACAGUUGGCCCUGGGACAGUUUCCGCCAUCUCUCAAGCACUUUCAUACACAGUAAACUAAGACCACGGCGGCGGCCUGGCUCACUCGGGUUCACUUCUGACCCUGUGUGUGUCACCACGUUAGUCUAUCAUUACCUUUCUCAGCAAGCUCCCAUGGUCCAGGUGAUGGUGUAGAGAUGCUACCUGGAGCCAGUUGAGUUACAUGUGUCACUGAUGAGCAGUGGUUUAAAAGGAAGAGAGAAAGAACAAAGGAAAUGAUUUUUUUUUUGGUUUUUGGUCCAGGUAUUUGGUGGAAAAAGAAAACAAAAACAAAUGUGUGCUGCCUAGCAUAUGUACAUUUGUAGUCUAUAUUUAUGAGACCAUUGCUUAAAAUUAUAAAUUAUGUAAAUACAUUAAUAACUUCUGAAUUCCACAUUCAGUACUCCAUUUAGUCGUGCACCCACUCAUUUUUCAGCCAGUCCACAGGAGAUUUUGAAGCGCAUUCACCUUGUACAAAAGCAUGGAGCACUUAGCUCACAGCUCCUUCCUCCUCCCCUUGCCCUUCUGCAUCCCAUCUGGAAAUGGUAAUAAUGACAUAUGCCUCCUUGACAAGCCGACCUGUCCUUGCUAGCCUGGGGCAAGUGAGAGCCUAGCACCCAGCACUCACCUGGCCUUGGCAGUAGGGAGCUCAGACCAGCUGUGUUGAGAGUGCUUUGCAUAUAACAGCCAGUUCUCCUCACCUCCUUUAUUCUCUCUUGCCUCUGCUAGUGUUUUGCACUCUUUUCCCUCAGGAGCCUAAUGAGGUUCUUAAUAUAAUCUAAAAAUAAAGCCCCCAAGUGAAACUGCUGGAAAUUUGUUCCUGUUCUAAUUUGGCACCCUUCCAGCCCAAGUAUUGUAAGGGAAGGAAAUUUACAAGAUUAAAUAGGAAAUGAAACAGCUUGAAUUUCAAACCAAAUUGUGUUUUCAGAGCUGUCCUUAACUGAACAGUCAAAACUUUUCAAAACAACUGUUACUACUUUGCGCCCUCCCAUGCAUGCUUCACAUGGAGAGGUUUUAGCAAAGGGCAGCCCAGAUGACGCAGACCUGGGUGAGACCUCGUGAGCAUCUCAGUUGUUUACUCAAGUCAGACUGGAAGCGCCUUGUGUGGACUUGUCACCUCUUCCCUGAGCCUCCUGCGCAGCAUUAAAUUCUCACACGUGAGAAAACCAUGUGAUUUCCCAAGACUGAGCUGCUUCCACCUGCAGUGGCUUGAUACGACUUGACAUACACCUGCGUAAAGGCAGGGGGCCCUGCCCGGUGUGUCUCCAGGUCAAAACAACACAACACUGCUCAGCUCAUGUGGAUGAGGCUGCCCAUGUGAGACCCUUUCUGUCUCAUUUCACCAAAAGACGGUAUAAAAUCAUGACCUGAAUAGUCCAGUAAAUUCUGGAAGUCGUGGGACAUCCAGUGACUGCUCUCCUGUGGCACAUGGUGACUUCUCUAGCUGAUUUCCUCUCGUUCCACAUGUAGGGAGUGACUCUGGCCAUGGCUGCAUGUCUUCCCAACAGAAUGAGCAGCAUGACUCAUGGUCAUGACCCUGUGUUCAUGUCUUUCUUGCCCUCUCUGUCACCAGUCUGUCCAAGAAAUGAAGGGGGCUGCCCUGCCUGCAGUGUCAUGUACUGCUUAAUGGCAGUAGAUUGCAGCUGGACCCACAUUCCAUGGUCAGUGAACACAGGGAGGUCUCAAUGUCCUUUCUUCCUAUAAAAUGUAUAUUAAAAUGUAGGCAGACAUAGUGCUUUAUUCUGACCACAUUUUAGAUUAAACAAGAAUUAAAUACACAUUUCUUGUCUUCUGGUUGUUUCUUAAGAGAAAUAGCCAGACUCCAAAGGCAUUGAGACAUAGCUCCUCCAAAAAAAAUCUUUGGUUCCAAAUGAUGCAGGGCCAUUUUUAAAAACUUUGAAGACUGAACAGAAGGGGCAAGAUCUUUAAUUAACUGCCAGUGUGUAUUGAUGUCUUUCAGAGAAAUUGAAAUAAGCUCCUUGCAGGUGUCCAAUCCUAGAAGCCACUGGUCUCUCGAUCUCUUCUUUUACAUAAGUGUUUUUCUGAUUCUGUGAUAACUAAUUAACUAUCAUUUGGUGAUUAAAAGAACAUAAAGUGAGAGUCUGAUUAAGUGUCCUUCAGUGUAAACUCUGUGAGAAGUGAUUGGAGAGAGAUACCUACUGCAAGCCCUUCUGGUUCCCAAUGAAAUUCCAUUGCCUGCUUGUCAGCUUCAGCCAAGACAAGCACUGUACAUGGCAGUCAAGAGAUUUAUUCCUUUUAAAAUAACCUGGGUCCUUGUUCCCCAUUUAUGAUGAUGUUUGAAGUGUCCACCUCUUCUCAUCGAGCUCCUCUUCCUUGGACGCCUACCCAGGUCAAAGGAUCAAGAUUUUCUUAGGAGGGACAUGGUUACAUCAAGAGGCCAGUGUCAUUGUGAAGAUUAGCUGUUCUCUGGAUUUUUAAAUAUGUGAUGGGGGCUGGCAGUGACCCACAUUUAAUUUCAGAACUUACUUAUAAGUCUUACAUCUGUUCCUUGUCUCCAGGGGGAAAGUGGGUUGGAGGACUUUUAAAGCUCUUAAGGGAUACAGCUGAGAGUGUUCUGUAGGUAGCUGUCACCUGGCACCCAGGGGGCUGCCAAACCAGAGGGUCUGCUGCUGUAUGUCAAGGUUCCCAUGUUCGAGUGGGUGGGUUCAGUUUGGGGGACACUGCGUGUCAGUGCAUCGGCCUCCACACCCCAGAAGGUAGUGUUUCACUGCCUCUGCCUUUUCUAUUGCGAAAGAGGCUGAUGGGGUUCCAUUUAACAUUUCUCACCCAUUCAUUCAGAGACUGACACGUGGACCUUCAUACUAUGUGAUCUCUGCAACUAGCCCUUAGACACCCAUGUGUCUGCAAGACCCUGCAGGAGUCAGGAGAGAAUCCUCCUGGGGAGCUCUUCUCUAACCUCCAGUCCUGCUUCAGAGCAUGGCAGCCAGACAUGGCUUGGAUCGCAGAACUUACCAGGCUCUUCAGUCUGAUUCUGGUGAGGGCAGAGUGGUCAUGGAAUCCCUUGGUAGUUCUUAUUUAAAUUUGUUUUGAAGAGACAAGCAGCACAAUUUUUGUUCAUUGUUUGAUUUUAUCAGUUUUUAAGGAAGAAAUGGGAUAUACUUUUAAGAUUCAAGCUGUUAACUAUGCCUUCAUGGGGGGGGGGGUGUUGAUGAUAAAAGAUGUUGGUUUAAGACAACCUAUGAAUGAUUUUUUUUUUAAAUGAGGUUGAUGAGAGGGCUCGGCAGGUAAAGGCACUUGCUGCUAAGGCUAAUGACACAAGUUCGAUCCCUGGAACCCACAUAGUGGAAGGAGAAGAAUUCCACAAGCUGUCCUCUGAUCUCCACAUGUCCCCCCACACCACACACACACACACACACACACACACACCAAUAAGUGUCAUAAUGUUUAAAAAAUGUUCUGUGCAGUAGAUUAUCUAGAAGACAAACAGAGCACUGUGCAGUUUAGGAAAAGGAGGGUCAGGUAGAAUUUAGCCUGAGACUUAGAAGAAUGACCUCGACAGAUUUCCUGUGACGGCAGAGAUUCUUGUCCAGGGAUAGAAAACCAGGCAAUCUGAUUAUCUGAUUUGCAAGAAAUGUUAAUGGAAUUCCAGGGCAUUUGUCCUGUUUUAUGUGCAAAUGAAGCUCUAAAAAAUAUUAGAAGGGUAUUACCCUUCUCAGGAGCCUUCCUUCUGCACCUCAGAAGGUGAUGAGUGAGGGGCUACACUGAUGAAGUCCAUUAGACGUGCUGGGAAGGGCAAAUGAAUAGAGCUUGGAAUCGCUGUAUUUCUCAGCUCGUCCUUCAGACUGCUCCGAGCAUGUAGGAGUGAUUUACUCUCUGGAGCUAGGACUUCCACCAGCAUAGAUCAAGUUUAAUUUGAUGGUCUGUACCAUCAGAAAUAACUAAUAUCUGUGUUCUUUCCUCUCAGAGGGUAAUCAAUUAGAGAUGUGCUAGAAUAUUUUUGGCUUCAAAACAAAAGGAUUCAGAAGUUUAAUAAAAUAGAAUCUCAGACCUUCCAUCGAUUCCUUUCAUUAUGUUGGACGUUUUAGAUAGCAAGAUUAGAAUAUAUAAAUAGUAGAUGGUAAGAUUGAAACCAUAAUGUCCAAAAAACUUGCAGGAAAAAAAAUGUUUUAAUUUGCUGUGAGUUCAUUUUAUGGUGCCCAGUGCCUCAUCAAAAGGCUGCAUAAUUACAACAAGCAAAAACCCGGGUAGGUCUCUACAGACAGGACUUAAGUGCCAAGCUCUGUCUCCCAAUUAAUGGGGAGUCUAAGACAGUAAUGACUUUUUUAGGGCCUUCUUUAAUUGACAGUUUUCAAGCGUGGGUCUUAAUGUCCUCCUUAAUCGCACAGUAGAAAUGGCCUGCUGCUUUCCUCUUGCCACUUCUUGAUUCAGGAACUUGACAGUGUUUAGAGGCAGGUUGUGGACGGCAGUACACUGAAGGGAUUCAUCUUUACAUAGAACUAACUGGAACAUUGUCAAGGAGGCCCCCAAAGCAUCUAAAACCCAGUGUGUGCUUCCUCCACUGCUCCACAAAGCAGGGCUUCAAUUACUUGCUCAGCCAGCCUGGAGUCCACCCCAUGCUCGCCAGCUCCAGAUCACUGCCAGACCCUGCCCAUAAUACUGUUUGUUUUUAGAGCUUGUCUUAACAUUGUUUGACCACCAUUAACACUUGGCAUUUACACUUUAAUUAUCCAUUUCACCCCUUGAAAAAGCUUGGAAGCAAGGCUGGAGCCCCCCGCCCCCCAAAUCCCUGUUUGAUGUUACUACAUGGCCAUGAAACUUUCUCAACUUGGGUCAUUCCCCCACGAUGUCAGAGAGACCAGUUAGCUUGGUGGGGGAGGAUGAGUGGCAGCUGGGUAGUCAGAGCAGCUGAUGUGGCUCUGUUUUUAAAUCAUUGGUUGUGUUCUGUAGACAGAACUUUAUUGCCCUGGGAAGGAUUUUUUUUUUUUAAGUCCCACUCAGUCUUUCCAUCAUUUUACAUCACAAGUCACUUAUACCGUCAUCCGUCACUGCUCUGACCUUCAGAAAUUAUGGCCUGCCUUCUUAUGAUCGACACUGAAGUCUUGCCUUACUCUCAUUUUCUGUGGGCUCUCCCUCAGGCACCCUGCCCCAGCCAUCUUGGCAUGUGUGGUAUGCCCUUCCCUGUGGGGUAAAAAGCCCCCCCCCCCCAAGGACUUCCAAAAGGGCAGCAGGCAGCAUGAGCCUGCAAGGCAAACACAACUGAGUGACGGAAUGGGAUCUGUUGUGGGUGAUAGGGUGGUGGACUGGAGAACCAGCUGCACAAAGUUUGAAGGAAAGAAAACUUAAGCCCUGUACCAUCAGUCCUUUCUGCGCCUGAGAGUGCCACCCCUUGUCAAGACCCAGUGGAAGGAGUAACGCCCUGUGCCUUUUUUAAUAGCAUCUGUAUGAAAAUCAAAUUGUUCCUGGUUUCCCAAGCCUGGUAACACUCUAAACACCUGAAUGAAAAGACGUGGCUUCACAAGCCUAUAUGGAUGUUUGAUGACCAUUUUUGCAGUCUGACCUUAGGCUGGGCCUAAGUCUAUGCUUUGUUUGUAAACGUUGAAGAAAGGAAACUCCGCCUUUUCCUUCUCGUUGCAAGAUUUUUCUUUUGUGACUUGUUUGCAGAUGGUAAAUCUGGCAUCCUUUGGAACAGUGUUUCUUCAGCUUGACUUGUAUUGUAUGCUUUUAUAGAGUAUGGCAUGCUCCAUCACUACAAGAUUUAUGUCAGGAGAGGUGUAAACAUUUCGUUAAUAAAAUGCUAUGUUUACAGAUGCA